AAAAAAUCACAGAGCACUUCCGCAACGUCACUAAUGACACGUAUUCAAAAUGGCGGCCGCGGCUAUGGAGACGUGGUUGGCCUUGCUGCUGUUGUCCUUGUCGCCCAUUGUCCGGCCCUUCUAUGUUCCCGGCGUCGCUCCCCGGGACUUCCACGAGGGGGACACGGUAGAUCUUAAGGCAGUGAAGCUGACCAGUUCUCGCACGCAGCUUCCUUAUGAGUACUACUCCCUACCUUUCUGUAAGCCAGACUCUGUCUUCUACAAGGGAGAGAACCUGGGUGAGGUAUUACGUGGGGACCGUAUUGUGAACACCCUCUACAAUGUCGAGAUGAACAAGGAUAGGAAAUGUGAGAUGGUAUGCAACAAGAAAAAGCUCAGCAUAGAAGAGAGCAAGCUGGUGGCUGAGCGAGUCCAGGAGGAGUAUUAUGUGCACCUUAUUGCAGAUAACCUGCCAGUUGCCACCCGGUUGGAGUUCUACCCCAACAGAGAGGCAGCAGUGGAGGAGGAGCAGAAGAAGGACGCGUCGAAAGACGUCCAGUUUGAGCACGGCUACCGGCUGGGCUUCGUCGACGGCAACAAGUUUUAUCUGCACAACCACCUGUCCUUCAUCCUGUACUUCCACAGAGAGCAGCUGGAGCAAGGGGAAGUCCACAACUACAGGGUCGUGCGAUUUGAGGUCAUACCCCAAAGUGUAAAAGUCGAGGAUCUGAAGGCCGUGGAAAAGGACCGGACGUGCACCUUGCCUGAGGCCAGUGGCUCUGCCCCACAAGAGAUUGACCCGACCAGGGAGAACGAGGUCCUCUUCACCUACUCGGUCCACUGGGAGGAGAGCGAGGUGAAGUGGGCGUCUCGAUGGGACACUUACCUGACCAUGAGCGAUGUCCAAAUCCACUGGUUCUCCAUCGUCAACUCCGUGGUGGUCGUGUUCUUCCUGUCCGGUAUUCUGAGUAUGAUCAUCAUCAGGACCUUGAGGAAGGACAUCGCUAACUACAACAGAGAGGAUGACAUCGAGGACACCAUGGAGGAGUCGGGGUGGAAGAAUGUCCACGGAGACGUGUUCAGGCCUCCUCAGUAUCCCAUGAUCCUCAGCUCUCUGCUGGGCUCGGGGAUCCAGCUCUUCUGCAUGAUCCUCAUUGUCAUAUUUGUUGCCAUGUUGGGCAUGCUGUCUCCAUCCAGUAGAGGAGCCUUGAUGACCACUGCUUGCUUUCUCUUCAUGUUCAUGGGCGUAUUCGGCGGCUACUUCGCCGGCCGACUCUACCGCACACUGAAGGGCCACCGGUGGAGGAAAGGAGCAUUUUGCACGGCAACUUUGUAUCCCGCCGUGGUGUUUGGAAUCGGCUUCAUCCUCAACUGUUUCAUCUGGGGAGAACACUCCUCUGGGGCGGUCCCCUUCACCACAAUGCUGGCCCUGCUGUGUAUGUGGUUCGGCAUCUCCAUGCCCCUGGUCUACCUGGGCUACUACUUUGGCUUCCGCAAACAGCCGUACGAUAACCCCGUGCGCACCAACCAGAUCCCCCGGCAGGUCCCGGAGCAGCGCUGGUACAUGAACAAGUUUGUCGGAAUCCUGAUGGCUGGCAUUCUGCCGUUUGGGGCCAUGUUCAUCGAGCUCUUCUUCAUUUUCAGCGCCAUCUGGGAGAAUCAGUUCUAUUACCUCUUUGGCUUCCUGUUCCUGGUCUUCAUCAUCUUGGUGGUGUCCUGCUCUCAGAUCAGCAUCGUCAUGGUUUAUUUCCAGCUUUGUGCUGAGGACUACCGGUGGUGGUGGAGAACCUUCCUGGUGUCGGGAGGCUCGGCGUUCUACGUCCUCAUUUACGCCGUCUUCUACUUCAUCAACAAGCUGGACAUCGUGGAGUUCAUCCCGUCCCUCUUGUACUUCGGCUACACGGCCCUGAUGGUGCUGUCCUUCUGGCUGCUAACGGGCACGAUCGGCUUCUACGCAGCGUACAUGUUCAUCAGGAAAAUCUACGCUGCAGUCAAGAUAGACUGAAGUGCCACCGUUGCUGCUGGUCUCUUUUUUUUUUUUUUUUUUUCUUCUUUUUCUUUAAAUGGUCACUUUUUUUAGUUUUUUUUUUAUGUAUAUAUUUUUUAUUCUUCAUGUCCAACAAGCACUGACUUGUGUGUGGAGGGAACGUGAGGGGGGGGGGCUUUUUUAUGGCGCAAGAGCCCCACCCACUGGCCUCUUGGGGAAGAACAGCAUGGUGGCAGAGCUAAGCCAACUGUCUCUGUCCCUCCCUCUCCCUCUCCCUCUCCCUCUCUUCUUCUACUCUCCCCCCCCCCCCCGCCCCCGCCCCCCAUCCCGACGGUUAUCCUCCGAUUGGAGACGGUUAAUAUCUCCGGCUGCUUCGCCUCGCACACAACACAGUGGGCCAAAGCUCGUCAGACGAUGGUUUCUGCACAUUUCUGUUUUGUCUUUUCAUUUGUGUUACAAGUCUAACUUAUCUUUCAAUCAUCUUCUACGAAGCUACUUCAUUGUCUCUGUUUUCAAACGUCACCUCGGUUCAGUAUCAGAGACCUUGGAGAUAUGGGGGGCGGGGGGACCUGGGGAGUCUAACUGUGGUUAUGGUUUUGACUUUGCUGUGUUGAACUCGUAUGGAUGGGAAUUAUGCUGGGAAGUUCUGCAUUGUAACACAAGAACCGAUCAAUUAAAUGUUCUAUUAGUUUUACUCCAGUUUCCAUAUCCUGGUGUUUGCUGACCACAACGUCUCCUUCCCGAAACAACGGCUCUCUAAUGUAAAAGUCCAACUGUUGGUCCAUUUGCUCUCGAUGAUGCAGAGCGGCUCUGAACGGGACUCUGAACCCGGGGCCCUCGAGCAGCGGACUGGUGGGUGAAGCCACUGGAGUUGGAGAAAUGACCAGUGGGAGUAACUUUUUUGUUUUUGUUGUGUUUUUCAAAAUCCACAACCCACAUAUGUGUUUAAAGCUUUUCCAGCAGAAGCGUACGUGAACCAGUACGUGAACCAGUACAUGAACCAGUGUAGCCGUAGCAGUGCUGGGUGCCUGCUGAACUAUGCAGCAAUGGAAAGAAAGCGGUUGGGGAAAAGUUGUUUCAAAGGACCAUUUCUGUUGAGACGUGAUGCCUCAUUUCUUUUAAGUUUGAAUCUAAUGCGUGAUAUGUUUCUUGUGUAUAAUAUGAGAUCUUUGUGUUUCUACCGGCAGUGGUAGAUGAUUCUGACGGUUCUUGGGUGUCAUGGGUUGCAGAGCAUUGAAAUAUAAUCCAGUUUUCUUAAUAGAUCUGUAUAGUAAUAAUGUAUUCUUGGAUUACAGCUCAUGUUUAAAUAUGUUCCCCUUUUCAAAUGACAUUUUUGGUUUGAUAAAAUAGUAAUGUGUCUGCUAAAAACCUUCAAAUUGCAUUUAGAGCAUGGGUGGAACCUGGUUAAAUGUGUUUGACAAGCAAUUUAAGUUAAGGGCUUCCCGUAGACGACCAACAUAUUUUAAUGUAGCUAAAUCUAACAAUAUAUCUAAAUAACAUUGUUUAAUAAUCAUGACAAAGGAAUAGUUUGACAUUCUAGGAAACACACAAGCAAUCCUCACCGCGUAAUGGUCCAUUGGGUUGGUCUGUGCAAGCGUCUCACUACACCCGUUGUUCCAUUUGUUGGACGGCGCCCCCCAGUGGCUGUAACAGUUAUGACGAGCAGACGAGGCAUUCCGCUGAUGUGUAGUCCACAAAAGGAGUUUGUCGUAGUUUGAUGGGUCAAACACGCAGGACUUUCACCCAGGAGAUCUGUGUUCGUGUCCCACGUGACAACCAUAUCAACUCUUUUAGUUAUUCCAAGUUGCAGACAGAAACUACGUCACAUACUUAUUUCAUCCCAAAGCAUGAUCUUUUCUUAACCCUAACCAAAUAGUUUUGUGAGUCGUUAGUUUGUAAGUAGUUCGGUUCCCCAACGUCUUUUAUAACUGCGACCGCCUCGCGAUGUGUGUCGUUUAUGGGUUGAAUGGGUUUAUGGUUUUAUGGGUCGGUGGCAAACGACCUCGUCGGUGCAGGUGUGAGGACGUGUUGGAAAUACACAUAUUGGCUUUCCGUCCACGAGUUAUGAGAAGAUUGAUACCGCUGUCGUUUAUGAUAACUAGCAGCUUAGCUUCAACACAGAGUGCGAUCCAGCCCAAAGGCAACCGCAUCUUGCCAGUGGAGCUGUGUUCCGUCUUGAUGCUAAGCUACGCUAACCGGCUGCUGGGGGUCACUUCAUAUUUGCCAUCUAACUUGGGAAAGGGAAUGAAUAUGCCAAAGUAUUCCUUUAAACACAACAUAGGCUGGUCAACGGGGGCCUAACCCGACUAUAAAGACCUCUCAAGCACAGAACUGCUCUCCACCAGCGGAGCACUGCUCCAGUAUCGCAGUACAGUGAACGGUGGAUUUGAGUCCCAAAGAGAAUAUUUUAAAGACUGAACUCCCAACGAGCCGAGAUGAAACAUUUUCAUUAAAUAUGCAGGACAUUCUUGGCUCUUCGGUUUGAAUAUUUAUUGCAGUCCGUCACGGUCUUUGAUCGACCCCGGAUCUCCAGGGGGGCUGGAUGUCAUCAAGCCAACACAACAUCGGCAUCGUGUAUUGUGUAUUGACCAUUCCACUUUUAAUUUAUUUCCCAUCAGACACUCGGAUGCCAUCAGCUGUUUACUGUACUGCCCUCUGUAUCACGUCAAAGAGUUGCAGAGGCCCUGACACCGAGACCCCUCUCCUGCUGUUGGGCGUGCACAUGAUUUUUUUUUCUACACUGACUUUUAAAAAGGCCCAGGUCAUGCAUGCGUAUGUAUGAUCGAGAGGUUUACAAUGUAAAUAAUAAAAGAGGGGAAAAAGGAGACUGCUUUGUAUCUGUUGCGUUUCGCUGUUUUGUGGCGCUCUCUGUAAUGAUCCCGUCAUCGGUUUAGCCAAAAGCAUGAUGCUCAUGAUGACUGAGAGGAACUUGUUUCUGUUACUUUUCUCUUUGUUUCUUUUACAGAAUGUCCAAUUACAACAUGUACAAUGACACAACAAUAAAGUGAAUAUGAAAAUCA